GAGAGAGAGAGAGAGAAGAGAGAGAGCGCGCGUGUGACGGUUUUGCAGAAGGCGAACGAAAGCUUCGUUUUUUCCGUCUGUCUGUUGAGUAAUUAUUAUCAGUUUUCUUCUGGAGAGAGUGAAGGAGAGGAAUAAAGUUAGCUCAGAGUCGGUUAUCACUCCGUUAACACAAAUUCUGUGUUGAUUUCUUCUUCUUUCUUAUAUUCUUCUUUGUUGUUGUUGUUGAAGAUUGCAAUCAGUUUCCAAGCUGAAUUUUUCUGGAGACUCUGUGUUCAUGUUUUGAUGAUCGCCUGAUCGGGGAAUAGAAAAAUGGAAGAAUGAAUAGUGACUGUUGUUGAGGAGUUGAGUUUGAGUGAGCAAAAUGGGCUGCUUUGAGUCUGGAGGUGAAGAUGAGCUUCAGCCUGGAGAUGGUAAUCAUAGUAAGAGAUUGAAGCUUCCCAGAAAGUUUGAAAUCUUGCAGUUUUCUGGAGGAUGUAAUACAGUAAACCAUGCCCCUGUUCCUCGAAAAUUGCGUUCAGCAGCCAUUAAGAAGAGAAAUCACGAAUCCAUUUCAUCACCUUCUUUUGGGAACCCGAAGUUGAACCAAGUGUCGCCUUUUCUUGGGAACCCGAAGUUGAACCAAGUGUCUAAUGGAGUUGGAAGGCUUAAGAAAGAUGCGAAGAAAUCCAAAAUGAAUUUGGAUACAACUCAGGAUGUCCUAGAUAGGUGUAUAAAUAAGGAGGUUUUGGGAUCAAUCACCGAAGAUGAGCAAGAAGUGGCUGAAACUUUGUAUGCUCUGGCUGCUAUGCUUCCAGACACAAGUGUAUGUAAAACUGGAUGCAAUAAUGAACUGCCAGAAGGAAAAUCAUUGCCAUCACCUGAAGUAGAGAGUUCUGUGCCUUCAAUUAAUGUUUUGGAAAUGGGAACAGAGAUUAGGACAACAACGAGCCCCCAAUUAACUGAUGAGGCUUCAAAACAGUCGCCAAAUGCUGAAGAAAUAAUCAAGUCCCAAUCAUCAUCAGACAAUCAGCUUGAUAGACCUGUCAGCAUGGAGUUACCAAUUGAUUUAAAUACCGAUAAUUGUGAAGUGAACUUGACCCCAGCUGCUUUCUUUAAACCCGAACGAAUAUCAGAAAACAAUGUCGUUUCCACUGCUUGGUCUAAUUUACAUCUGCCACACCGGAUAUCGCAAAGGUCUGAACUUGAGAGAAGUCCAGCUGGUAGAGAGAAACUGGAGAUUGGACUGAAUCCAGCUGCAGCAACAUAUGGAAUGCAACCCGAGGUUGAGAACAAAUCCAAGGAGAAAGAAACCAAUGCUACUAGUGGUACUUCAAAUCUUCAAUGUUCAUUAUGGCCAGGCUUGAGUCUAGCAAGCUCGUGUUCUUCUAAUAUGCUUAGUCCUGCAUUGGAGUUAUAUGAUGUCAAAUGCCCUGAAUGGUUUGGAAACAAUGCUUUCACUGCUCGAACUCAAACCCCAAAACCUUUUGCUGAAAAGAAUGGUCGAGUUCCUGCUGUUUUGAAGAACUCGUGGAAGAGAUGUUGUACUCAUGUUUAUGUAUGCCGCCUCAUUAAAGCCUUGCAGAUAUCUGAGAGGGCGGACAAAUUGCUCUUGCAGUCUGCACAAUCGACUCAAACUAAUGGAUCAAAGCAAGGGAUUCGCGUAACUGAUGACAGCUUAAUUGGUACGAUAAAUGAUUCACACACAGUUUUCUCUAGUGGUAGUGCUGCCUGUUCUGUGGUGGAGAAGACUACGAAUGAGGUCAGGAAUGCCAUCUUUUUACACAAGAAGCUUCUUCAAGACCAGAGACAAGAUUUAUCGAAUUCAAAACAGCUGCAGAACCCAGAUUUCGUGUCGUUUCCCACUCAAGGAAUGGUUAAUGGCAGUAGUAAUGCUACUAGAGCUGGACAAACCAUUGAAGCCUCAAAACAACUACAUGUUCCUCACAUAGCAUCAGAGAACCAGCAACUAUCUUUCCUGCUUCCCCAGAAUCGUUAUUCAUCUGCUUCUUUUGGCCCGCUUUCUUCAACAGCUGCAGCUCAUCAGGUUCUAUUGCCACAAGUUGGGAAUGCAGACGCCACAGUUCCACCAAGACUACAACUCCACAGGCAAGAAAUACAAAUUUGGCCUACCCACCUCACAGCUGCAUACAAGCAUGGUGAAGUCGGUGCCUCCCAUAUACCGGAGUGGCAAAACGGAGGACAAAACACGCAUCCCCUUCUCCAAUCCGCUCAAACCAUGUUCCCAGGCUCUCGUUCUUCCUUGGACACGCUUCCCUCCAAGCACGCUCCCAUCUCACUUGAACAGCAGCAGCGGCUUAUGCCCAUUUCCUCAUCGCUAUCAGGCUCAAGGGUAAGAGGACAGUACUAUCGUUUACCUGAUGGCUUUGAAGGGAAUGCCCGGGGACUCUACCCGAACAGCAUCCCAGCGUUGCAAAUGCUCUGCAAUGGUCACCAUUAGAACGAUCACCAUUGAUUUAUUCUUUUCUUUUUGUAGAUGCAUAUUGAGCAAGAACUAAUGCCAGUAGCCAGUGUUGAGCACACACACAUAUAUAUAUUGAAAAAUUCUUAUGGUAUCUGUUAUUACCCUUUUUAGCAAUUGAAUGAUCAGAAAAAACCCCCCUUUGGGGCAUGUAUGUUGUAGAGGCAAAUAGUAAAUGUUAAUCCUGGAACAUGGCUGAGCUUCUUUAUUCAUCAUAGAGGAACCAAUUGUUCAUUAUUUUCAUACUGCAUUAUACAAUAAGAAAAACUGAGAAUUGAGAAUCCAUGGCUGUCUUUCAUGGCGGAAGUGUAGCUAUUUCAAGAAUCGCAACUUUUCUUGCAGUAAAAUUAAGGUUUAACUGUCA